AUGCAGAUUGAAAAUGUCGAUUUGCAUUUUGUCGCUCUCUUCUCUGAGAAGAAGGAUGCAAUUCCUCUGAUACUCAUGCAUGGAUGGCCUGGCAGCUUCAUCGAGUUCCUGCCCAUGCUCAGCAUCAUCAGAAAAAGGUAUUCGACCAAGGAUUUGCCGUACCACAUUGUCGUGCCGUCAUUGCCUGGCUACACUCUUAGCACCAUACAAACUCACGACAAAGAGUGGGGCGUCGAGGAUUCCAGUCGUGUUAUGAAUCAGCUCAUGGUGAACCUGGGGUUUGACAGAUAUCUUGGUCAGGGAGGAGACGUGGGCCAAUUCACGGCGCAAAUCAUGGCUAGAGAAUAUGAGGCCUGCGUUGGAAUACACUUGAAUAUGAUUGUUACUUUCCCCCCUCUGGGCGAGGAGACGGUCGUGGAUGCAUUCGAGAAAGAGAGGGUUGAGUUUACGCAGAAGUGGAGGGCGACUGGCGUAGGUUAUGCUCUCGAACACGGCACAAGGACGAGCACCAUUGGGAGCGUUCUGGCGUCGAAUCCAUUGGCGAUGUUGGCAUGGAUUGGCGAGAAGAUGCUGGAAUGGUCGGAUGAGGAUCCAUCGCUGGAUGAGAUUCUAACCAACAUUUCCUUGUACUGGUUUACAAGUUGCUUCCCCUCGUGCCUCUAUAUUUACCGCCAGAUGUCCAGCGGCAGCUUGGUUACGCAAUGGAAGUUCACCAACAAACCCUUGGGCUACUCAGUCUUCCCAAAGGAGAUGGGCGUGGGCGUCAAGAGCAUCUUGGAAAAGGAGAGCAAUCUGGUCUCGUACAAGCGCCACGAACGGGGUGGGCACUUUGCGGCUCUGGAGCGGCCAGCAGAUCUGUGGGAGGACAUUGAGGGGUUUGUUAGCAAGGCCUGGAAGGUAUGA